UAAACCCGUAUCGUAGGCCAUUCGAGCGAAACGGAAACAUCCGAUUCAAUCGUAAAAUGGUACGACCAGUUUGUCUCCGUUGUCUAUUGAUCCUUAGACGCAUCUGAAUAUUUAUAAGGUUUACUGUCUUUUUGCAAAUCAACGACAUCCCAUACCAGCAAGUACACAGGGUUAAACUUUAACACCUCGUUCCUCUAGUUGUAGAUUGCUUCAGUGUCAUCAGCCUAUGCACCGGUACUUGCACGCAAAACAUGGCGGGUACAAAGAUAAUGGAGUUAGGAUAUUGGGAUUUUCGAGGGUACGGCGAGGCAUGCCGAUAUAUGCUCGAAUACUGCGAAUGCGAUUAUGAUGACAAACAAUACCCAAGACGAUCGCGCGUCGAUUACAGUGCAUGGAGAGACAUAUGCGAAACAUUAGAUCUGGAUUUUCCCAAUUUACCAUAUCUGAUAGAUGGCACGAAAAGAUUGACAGAAAGUGUGGCUAUAUUAAAAUAUCUCGGUCGGAAAUAUGGUCUGACACCCGGAAGUGAAGACGACAAAAUAAGAGCAGACAUGGUGGAAGGUGUUGUUUUGGAAAUUAGAGACCGAUUUUAUGGAUUGUUUUUCGCACCAGAAGGUCAGUACAGCAAGUACGUCCAUGACUUCAUCACGGACAUGCGAGGGCUCCACGCUAAAUUAAAGAAGAUUAUCAAGUUCAUGGGCAAAAACAAAUGGCUUGUUAAUAAUGAGUUGACGUACGUGGAUUUUCUCUUUUACGCUAUGAUUGCACAGAUUAGAUCAUUGAUUCCGAAAGCACUCGAUGGAUACGAUCGAAUCGAUAAAUAUAUGAUAGAUUUUCAGUCUAUACCAACGAUAAACUCUUAUCUCAAAUCCGGAAGGUUUACGGAAUUUCCAGACCACGAUCCGUACCUGCGAUUGGAAAAUAAAGUUGAUUCGUCAUUUACGAAGCAAGAAGAUUAACAAUCAUGUAUAUAUAUAUAU